CCUGAGCGGUGACUGCUGCUCUUCCCGCUGAUCCAACUGCAGCAUCAGCCACCGUCCGGCUGCUGUGCCUGUCCCGAGCGCCACCGCCGUUCCCGCCAGUUCGGAGUGUCAGUGCCUGUGCGCAGAUGGAGCUGGACCACAUGACGAGCGGCGGCCUCCACGCCUAUCCCGGGGCACGGGGUGCGCCGGCGGCCAAGCCUAAUGUGAUCCUGCAGAUCGGUAAGUGCCGGGCGGAGAUGCUGGAGCAUGUGCGGAGGACCCACCGGCACCUGCUCACCGAGGUGUCCAAGCAGGUGGAGCGUGAGCUGAAGGGGCUGCACAGGUCAGUGGGCAAGCUGGAGAACAACCUGGACGGCUACGUGCCCACGGGCGACUCUCAGCGCUGGAAGAAGUCUAUCAAGGCCUGCCUCUGCCGCUGCCAGGAAACCAUCGCCAACCUGGAGCGCUGGGUGAAGCGCGAGAUGCACGUGUGGCGAGAAGUCUUCUACCGGCUGGAGAGGUGGGCCGAUCGCCUGGAGUCCAUGGGCGGCAAGUACCCGGUGGGCAAUGAGCCGGCCCGCCACACGGUCUCAGUGGGUGUCGGAGGUCCUGAGAGCUACUGCCACGAGGCUGACGGCUAUGACUACACGGUCAGCCCCUAUGCCAUCACCCCUCCGCCUGCAGCUGGCGAGCUGCCGGGACAGGAUCCAGCUGAGGCCCAGCAGUACCCACCAUGGGGGACGGGUGAGGAUGGGCAGCCAAGCCCUGGAGUGGACACUCAGAUCUUUGAGGACCCUCGAGAGUUCCUGAGCCACUUGGAGGAGUACUUGCGGCAGGUGGGUGGCUCUGAGGAGUACUGGCUGUCCCAGAUCCAGAACCACAUGAAUGGGCCAGCCAAGAAGUGGUGGGAGUUCAAGCAGGGCUCCGUGAAGAACUGGGUGGAGUUCAAGAAAGAGUUCCUGCAGUACAGCGAGGGCACCCUAUCCCGGGAGGCCAUCCAGCGUGAACUAGACCUGCCGCAGAAGCAGGGAGAGCCACUGGACCAGUUCUUGUGGCGCAAGCGGGACCUGUACCAGACUCUGUAUGUGGACGCUGAGGAGGAGGAGAUCAUCCAGUAUGUGGUGGGCACCUUGCAGCCCAAGCUCAAGCGCUUUCUGAGACACCCCCUACCCAAGACUCUGGAACAGCUCAUCCAGAGGGGCAUGGAGGUGCAGGACGGCCUGGAGCAGGCGGCUGAGCCAGCCGGGCCCCAGCUGCCUGCUGAGGAUGAGGCUGAGGCCGUUACACCUGCCCUCACCAGCGAGUCUGUGGCCAGUGACCGGACCCAGCCUGAGUAGAGGGCAUCCCAGAGCCCCCAGCCUGCCAGCCACAUCCACUGUGUGGCCUUUGCCAACUAGGACUUGAGCUUUGGCUGACUCACACCGGGGCAGCCUCAUCCAGCCAGGCAGCCCCUUGGCCUCCUGGCGCUGCUCACACAGACCCAUGCCAUCCAGCUGCGAGCAACACCCCGAACAGCAAAGGAGCUCCUCCCCUGCAGGGCUCCUGCCUGUCACCCUCCCCUCUGUCUGUCUUCCUGGCCCUGGCCCUGGCCUUGCCUGAGCUGGCAAGUGGCUCUACCCUCCACACUCUCAGGCCAUCACAGACCAUCCUCACCUUCCUCAUUCUGCUCCAAUGCCUGGGCCCUCUCAGCAUUCAAAAAAACAAAGUGUCGGAAGACGGGGUCCAGUGGGAUCCCAGCCCCUGGGGCACCCCAGGGCAGAAGCUAAAGUAGAACCAGUGCCAAAGGAACCUCACCUCUGGAGACAGCAUCCCUGGCAAGCACAGCAGAGCCCAUGGACACCUUCCUCGCCCCCCAGAACAGUUGGCCAGCCUUGAGCAGCAUGGCUUCCCAUUCCCAGGGAAAGCCCAAAUUGCAGAUGCAACAGCAGCAGCAGCAGACCUGACAUCCUGGUGCCUCCUGGCCCCCAGCACAGUGAUUCACACCAGCCUGGGGAAGAAUCAGAACUCAGUUUGGUGACUCACCCUCAGCAGGCAGAGGGUCCCAGAGAAACUGAAUCCUCAAAUCCGGCUGAGGCAGCAGCCGGCACCUUUGGAGCCAGGAGAAUGACAACAGGUCUCAAGGCUGUCUUCAGGAGUUUGCUGUCAUACCUCACACCCUCUCCUCCCUUCUCCGAGCAGCCUGCACACAAGUCCCAGGACAGCUGAGAGAGGGCAGCUGUCGUAAAAAAGCGGCCUGGCAGAGGGCAGCACCCCAGCUCAACCCAAGAGCUGGUGACGAAGCCAGGCCAGCGUGAGGGCCAGGGCCUGCCACUAUGCCUGCCCCGCUGGCCACCAGCUGCCUAUUCCCGGAGCCACUGCAGCUGGAGCGGGGGUCCACUACCCUGGCACCCCCUGCUCGCUGCAUGCCCAUUGUCUGCUGCCAGAGCCUUUCAGGAGCUCUGAGGCCAGGCCCCCAGCUGCUGCUCCUGCCCAGUGGCCACCAACCCAGCUCUGGGAGAGCCCCAGACCUCUGUUUCUGGGUGUCCUAGCUCUCCAUCCUGCUCUGCUGUUGCCUAGGAUGGACCCUUGUCACUGCCCAGCACCUGCUUCCCGGUGCUGGGAGCCCUUGGUGCCUGCAGUCCAAGCAGGCCCUGGUUGGAGGUUUCUCUUUCUGCCUUGCCCACUGCAUUCCAGAUUCUGGGGGCCAGCUCUGCGCUCCAGCCUGUGCCCCGGCCAGCCCCCACAGAUUUUAUUUUCAGCACAUAAGCCAUAACUCUUCCUCAUUGGCCAGCACCAGCCACUUGGAGGCCCUGGGACCUGGGAAGACCCUGGGCACCUCACGAGGGUAUGACUGUCCCUUUCCAGACCAGGCCAUGCGUUCUCAGCCAGGAUAUGUACCCCUUCCACCUACCCUUGAAGACAGGCUCUUUUUAUAAGAUUUUGUUAA